AUGUUCUUCCCUCACAAGCUUCAACAGUUAUGGGUUUCCUGUUGUGUUCUCUUGGUUUUGGCUUGCUUUUCACUCGAGUUUAGGGUUUCGUCAGCACAAACAGGUAAUUGUACAACAGGUUGGACUGGCUUUCAAUGCUCUAUUUCUACAACUUGUCCAAACAAAGAUGGCUGUUUUACGUAUUCUGUAUCAAAUGUGAUGACGAAUUUGGAGUCAUCGCUUUAUGACGUUGCCAUUGAUCCCAUGAGUGGUGAUUACUUGGUGAGUGUUGUGGGAUAUAUCUAUAGAAUCAACUCUACUACUCUAGUGAAGACCGUUUUUGCAGGAGAUGGUACUCAAGGUCUUGCAGUGAACUACGUCUCAGUUUCGGGCGCCCGGUUUCAUGAUGCCAGACAAUUGUUUGCCACCAACAACUAUGUAAAACUAUUUGCGAAUGGAACUUUGACCAUUUUUGCAGGAACUCUGGGUCAACCAGGAUAUGGUGGUGAUGGUGGUCCUGCAACUUCAGCACUUUUAAGAUUUCCACAAAGUGUUGCAUACAAUAGCAUCCUGAAUGAACUUUACAUUGUUGACAGACAUAAUCAUGCAAUCAGAAAAGUUGACAUGAAUGGAAUAAUCAAUACUGUGGCAGGUAAUGGUCUACCUGGAGCACCUGGUUAUUUUAAUGUCCAAAAGGUAUUGUUUAAAUAUCCUGUUGAAAUGACGUUUCAUGGUUCAAAACCAGAAUUCCUUAUAAUAGAUACAGAUAACCAAGUAUUGCGAAAAUUGACCAUUGGAUGUGGGAGCAGCAAGUCCUAUUUCUUGUCUUCUGCCUUUUCCAAAUGUCUACCACAGUGUUAUAACAAGAAAGGAGAUAAUCCUAGUGUUUGUCGUGGCCAUGGCACAUGUAUUGCACCUAAUCAAUGUAAAUGCAAUGUGGGAUACUAUUCCAGAGAGUGUGACUUGUAUCAAUGCAACGGAAUCCUUUUCAAUGAUACUCAAGUUUGUUCAGGAAGAGGUACUUGUUACGGUCCAGAAAAUUGCACAUGCAACCCAAAUUAUGGUGGCCAGUUUUGUGAAAAUCACUACUGCAAUGGAAUUUUAAACUCUAGCUCGAGUGUUUGUUCUGGACAUGGUAUUUGCUCUUCUCCUAACAAUUGUACAUGCAAUGCUGGUUAUUAUGGCAAAAAUUGUGAAAUGAAUGAUUGUAAUGUUGUUCCGUUUAAUUCAUCCUCUGUUUGCAAUAAUGGAAGUGGAAUUUGCAUUGGCCCAAACACAUGUCAAUGCAAUUCUGGUUACUAUGGCUUCGUUUGCUCUGAACCAUUAUGUUUUGGAAUUCCUGCCUCUAAUAGGAGUGUUUGUGGAUUCCAUGGCAAAUGCAUUGCUCCUAAUUUGUGUCAAUGCGAAAACAGCCAAUGGGUGGGAUUUGAUUGUUCGGUUCCAACUUGUUUUCAAACUGAAGUGAUCAAUGGAACUUUACAAUGCAAGAAUGAAAGUCAAAAUAGUGACAUUCAUUCGAUCAUUAAGCAACAAUUUCAAGUGGAGACUUUGACCAAUGUGACACAAUUAGACUCAAAGAAUGUCACUUUUGAUAAUUUUCAAAAUAUUCUUGUUCAAUUUCCUUCCAACAUUUCAAAACAAAUUUCCAAUGAUGUAACAAGUGGAGGAGGAGGAACAUCCAUGAUUUCACUCGUUGUGACCAUUUCACAAAAUGUGACUGCAUUGAAAGAAGAAGUUCGACAAAUUCUUUCACCGAUUGUGAAAAUUGUUCUUUCAAAAGGAAAUGGAGAUGAAAUUCAAGUGAAAAAUUUGACUCAUGCCAUUGAAAUUUCAUUUCCAAAUGUGACCAAUCAAUCUGAAUUGGGAUGUGUUUAUUUUGAUGAAAUUCAACAAGAAUGGAGUCCUGAAGGAAUUGUUUCAAAAUAUGACUCAAUUUCACAAACAAUGAAAUGUUGGACCUCACAUUUGACAUCAUUUGCAGUGAUUGACAUGAAUUUCAAGAAGACUUCCAACAAAAACAAUCCAAAACCUCCCUCUCCAACUCCACCACCCUCCUUUUCAGUUCAAAAAGAAGAAAGAGCUCAAGUUGAAUCUGCAGCUGCCAUUGCUGCCACUGUUUCAGUGAUUGGAGCACUAUUAGUGUGUGGAGUCAUUGUUGUCAUCACCAUUGUCAUUGUUAUGUUAUCCAGAAGAGCAAAAAAGAAACAAGAAAUCUAA